AUGGCGACAUACAACAAUGCUCACUGGUUGCUGUCGCACAUCCGGAACUCCUUCAUCUCCACAGAUGAUACAGGCGUCAGUGAGACAAUAAUGGCAAUGGAAGACAUUCCGCUACAAUUCGCAAAACAGUUUCGAGAAGCGCAGGCUUGCAAUUUUGAACGAAUUUCCAUGCCGGAAACAACAAUGGAAGAUGAAGAUAUUGAUGCGUCUUGUGUCGGUAGGAUGCAAGAUGAACGGUUCGGCGUAGACUUUAAAUACUUCUAUUCGUACCCUGGUCUAGAUGACACGGAUGAUGAAGAUGCAGACACUUUGUCACAAUCGUACGAAAUACAAAUGGAUCAGGAUAGCGGGUUCCACCGGCAGCGAUCAAAUACUGCUCAGAAACUGGAAAAGCUAGAACUUGCUCGCCGUAAAUCGUCGCAAAUUAGAUGCAUAAAACUGGACGAUAUUUCGGUUCAACAAACAGAGGAAAAACAUAACAUCGAUCAAUUGUUCGUCGAUCGUCGAUCCACAUCAAUGUUAGAACACUUGUCAUCAUCACUAAAACGAUUAAGCUCAACGCUAACGGAGCAGUUGAGUGUAUUACCCAACUUACCACAGAAUAUUUUUCUCGAGUACGGCAAAUUCGACGGCACCGGUCAUAUCGAGGUGCCAGUUCGCUCAUUUAAAGUGUUCGUUCCAGUCCUCCCAGAGGAGCAACGUGCUUUUCCGUUGAAUGUGUGUGUACUAGCCACUGCCAAGAUACAGGAUUUUAUAGGACUGAUUUGCUACAAAUGCACUAUCGCGAAUCCUGCGCUGGAACUGCGUUCGGUUCGACAUUACGGUCUCUAUAUGGCUGAGGAAGAUGGUGAAUUAGAUCUAGAUUUUCCUCCACUGGAUAUCAACGAGCCGUGUUCAAAGUUUCGGUUUUCACACCUCGUAAUGGCAGAACGACAGUUCUCGACAAACGUAAGCCAUCAGUCAGUAUCCGUUACCUCAAGAGACACGCUCCAUUUUGCGACAUUCAGUACAGAACGAAGCACGAGCAUAACAACACCAAGAUCCGCCACAGCCCCAACCACAACGGUGGUAACCUCAAUGAAGCCAGUAAAACUUUCGCAAGCGGUUGAUUCGGCAAUGCAACAACGAUCACAAGUAAGCGAAGAUGUACGCAGUUCACCACGCAUCAGCAACCAACAAAAAGAAGAUCUCGAUCGCAUUAAAGGACAUACGUCAAAAAUAGAAGCGCCACUAUACCGAACGUUUCAGGUGCACAUUCUACACAAAUCACGGCUCAAGACAGAAAUUCAGCUGGGCAUCUCCGGCGACCGGUUCGAAAUCGAUCCGAUACCGCACAACCCCAGCAAAUUCUGGAGCCGCCAAAAACCAGCCUGUCACCCAAUGGAUUCCGUUGCCGCUUGUACCAUAGUCGAUCGGAAACAUUCGAGGGCGAUACUUCGGUUGGUGUACUGUGCCGUGAACGUCGUUAGCGGUGAGGCCGACGGUCCGGUAAGUUUUAAGCAUUACGAUAUCGAAACAACCCCAGAUACUGCAGAACAGAUUACGGAGAAGGUAAACAAUAUUCUCGAAGUGCGAUUGAGCCCGAUACGACGCGAAUAUAUGCGGCGACGGGGGAAAUUAAAGCCACCAUCUAGUGCGUAA